UCUUGAACUCAGUGCUUCGCUGGACAAAGUCAGGAGAGAAUGGAGAUGCGCGGAAGGUAGAAAAUACCACUGCCCCGGACUACUCUCGUCUGCAGCAAUGCUCACUUUUACGUUUGACCGACGAAACGUGUUAGUGGUCAGCCCUGAAUGUGAACACACUCCAGUUACUCGGAAUCAUGUCUUUUUUGAUGAAAAAGAAGAAGUUUAAGUUUCAAGUCCAUUUCACCUUGGAGGAGUUAACAGCAGUGCCGUUUGUCAAUGGGGUGCUGUUCUGUAAGAUUCGGCUCAUUGAUGGUGGGGACUUUGCCAUCUUGUCAUCCAGGGAGGAGGUGCAGCAAAAUUGUGUCCGAUGGAGCAAAAAGUUCUCAUUUAUUUGUAAAAUGAGUGCAAACGCCAUCACUGGUGUGUUGGACCCCUGCGUUUGUAGGGUCUCUGUGCGCAAGGAGCUUAAAGGAGGAAAGGCCUUCUCAAAGAUUGGCUUUGCUGAUCUCAACAUUGCGGAGUUUGCUGGCUCAGGCUCCACAGUCCGCUGCUGCAUCUUGGAAGGCUAUGACACCAAGAACACUCGACAGGACAAUUCCAUUCUUAAGGUAACAAUUGGGAUGACCCUUCUCUCUGGCGAUCCUUGCUUUAAAACGCCUCCCAGCACAGCCAAAACUUUGUCCAUUGGACGUGUGGACGCAACCCUGCAGCUGGACUGUAAGGGGGAAGCUUCUCCAACUUCUCCUCUAAGGGGCAUUGUGGAGGGGAGCCGCCACUUUAAACCAAGACAGUCAUCAGUGCGUAGUAUAGGACUGCCUGAGGAUGGGGAUUCUGUCUCCACUGCAGAGGACGUCUUUCACACACGGCAUGUUCGCAGCUCUAGUUAUGCUAGUCAGCACAGCAAGAUAUCAGGCUACAGCACUGGCCACUCUCGUUCGUCCAGCAUGACUGACUUGAGCCACCAGAGAAAUGCCUCCUGCAGCAGCAGUGCCUCCUGUGGUUUGAACCAACCCUCGACUCCCACUGAAGCACACAGACAGGCCACUCCCACUAAACCUGAACGACCCCCACCACCCUCAGCUGCUGCUCUUAACAGAUCCUCCAGGAGGAAGAAGGUCCAAGUGGAGAAGCAGCACAGUUGUGUGGAUGACACUCGAAUCGAUGCUGAUGACAUUGUGGAGAAGAUUGUCCAGAGCCAAAACUUUUCUGACAGCAGCAACAAUGAAGACAGCAAUUUGAGAUUAUUUGUAAGCAAAGAUGGAACUACUGCACUGAGUGGGACACAGCUCACAAACAGAGUGACUCCUGGUAUAUUUGAGCCAGUGGUGAUUGAGACUCACUGACAUCCAGAUCUCAGAGACACCAACACUACUGUACAAUGUAGUCAUUCACAGUCAGGGGGUGACAUACAAAAAUUUGAUUUUUCAAUAUACCAGCCUUAAAAUUUGCAAAGAGCACUUUCUAUUAUCAGCUGCAUAACUGUUGUAGUAGCAAGUAACUCAUUCUCAAAAAAAGAAAUAGGAAGGAAUAAAAAAAUAAAAAAUAUAUAUUUCAGACUACUUGAAGAAAAAAACAUAAAGAACCACUGCAUUUAGAAACUGUAGUUCAACACUGACGAAAACAUUUAUACAUAAACUAAUGUCAGUGUCACUGGCAUGUUGCUAUGGCACUAUAUCAGUGCUUUAUUUCUAUAAUCACUGUUUUCAUUAUGUACUACUUUGUAUUGUUUUGCACAUGUAAAUUAUCUGAUGAGGAAAAUGGAAACCACUACAAAUGCAUUGUUGUCAAAAUUUGGCCAUGCACAUUAUUUUAUUUCUUUUCUAUAUUUAAUAGUUUUUUAUUGUUUAAGAUUUAGCUUUCCUCGUUGGGACAUAGAAGUUACUCCAAAGAAAUUGCAACAAAACCCAAGUUCAUAUGGCUGGCCAUAUGCAUCUGUGCACUCUUCCACAUUUAUUUUGUAGGUAAUCAACUUAUAACUAUAAUGAAUGUAGAUUUGAUGAUCUGAUUGUCUGACAUCAGUUUAAUUAACCCCAGUCUUUUAAUGAUGAGUGACCUCUGCGUUCCACAAAAAUGUGCUGCUUACUCCUUUUCAUGGGAUCAAGGGAAAAUGUAAUGUUUACUUGAAUAAAAUAGAUUUAAAAGCUUUUACACACACACACACACACACACACACACACAUCCACAUCAUUUUACUGUUAAUGAUGAUGUAUAUGUAAAGGUUUUGUAAAAACGAUUUCAGGACUUCUUAAGAGCACUUUCUGAGCUGAGGUAGUGCUCUAGUGACUUUGGUCACUGGUGUCCUCUGUUGUUGUGGUUUGUGCUACUGAGUCCUGUCGCGGAGGCUCUCACUGAACACUGGUGUGUUACUCUGAGGUCAAAGCUGCAGCUGCAGUGGCACAAAGCUGCUUUUGUACGGACAGUUCAGUGGGCAGCCUCCUCAGUCCUCACCCCAUACAAUCCAGUACUCAAUGUUUCUUCUGGUAAUUUCAGUUUGUUUUGGACAUCCUGAGGAGCCAUGCUGGACAUGUCUAAACUGAUAUUGUGACUCCAUGUAUUAAAACAUUGUCAGUGUUUUCUUUUGUUGUUCUGGUAUUGUGACUGUUAUAAUGGUUUAUUUUUUCUCCUUUUAGACCAGCAGGCUGGUUGCAGAUAGAUUAUAUAUAAUGUGGUGUUCAGCAACUGUGAUUUGAACUAUCUCUCAUUCUAUGUGACUGUAUUCAUUAACUACAUUUAAUGAAUUGCUAUGGCAUGAGGUUCUAGGGUACUUUUUUAUGGGUUGUAAAGAUCUGUAUAUUAUAUUAGAAUAUUGAUAAAUGAUUUAGGCCAACCCAGUUCAAAUUCUUGGUCUAUAAUGUCGAUUCUGCAUUCUGUGUUGGGGUUUUGUAACAUUUUUAAUUAGAUUAAAUGGACUAAUUAAAAAUAAUACUUU